AUGGGGAAAAUUCUUCAAGUUAGCGAAGUGGGAGACGUACCUUCGUUGAAAGUAUAAGAUGGUGUAAAAUCUUGAAUAACAAUUUAAUUCUCCAAAAUAUACGAAAGCCAAACAUACGAGACAUUUUUUAAAUAUUUUAUUAUAAUUCUCGUUUACAAUCGUAAAAAUUAUUUAAAAGUCUGACAAACGAAACGAAAAUUGUUUUUCAGUAAAUUGUUGUACACCUUUAGCAAAUCAAAUAUUUCCUUUUUUAUUUUUUUGACCGGUCUUUUUUCAAAUAUUUUCGCGCGCUAUUCUGUGAACACGUAACAGUUAAAGUACAUUAUUUAUGGUAGAACAAAUUUCAAAAUUUUUUACCAAAAAUUACCUAGAGAAUCUACUUGCAUGAUACUGACCUUUUUCUGCCGGAAGUGUGUGAGAAUCGACCACGUUUUCCCCGGCUCUGAUCCCCGGCAUUAAGUGGGAACGCGUGCAGUAACGUUUGCACCUUAUCAGAAAUUGUCCAUUCGAAGCCCAUUUCAUACAGCGGUCGGUUUCAAGCCGAAAGAAGAAGAAGAAGGAAAAAAUAAAACUUUUACCGCCUUCGUACGGCCAUUUUACGCUUAUUCACAUUAUUCCGGUUUUAUCGUAUAUGCGAUGAAAGGAAGAAAAAAAGAAGAAGAAGAAGAAGAAGCAGCGACCAUAAAAGCGUUGUUUGAACGAAUAUUACGAUUUAGAAAAAAAUCAAGGUUUCAAGGAAUGCCACAGAAUUCCUCGCAAUUGAUCAACGCGAAUAAAAAUAACAAAAAUUGA